AUGGGGAUUGUGCUCUGGAUUUGUCUUUCAAGCCCGUGUCUGGGAAAGAUUCCUUCCACCCCUCCUACGUCUUUGGACAGCUGGCUUCCGACAGCCAGCAGCAGGGCACGGUGCCACUUGUUAAAGAUGAACAAGACUUGCUGUCAGAACAGGAGGACAGUGAGGCAAAGAGUCCAAAAGAGUCAGCAUGUUGGGAAUCCGGCCAAAAGCCUCAUGACGGGGCUGGGACACAUGUUCGCAGGAAAUGGGAACUCACAUGUUCGGGAGGACGACUUGUACCACGACCGCGACGAGAGCGAGGACGACAUGGAUUCCUCUGACAUCUCCACCUCAGGCGUCCUGGUCUCCCCGGGGCAGAUUUGCAUCUGCCCCCUGUGCAGUAAAGUUUUCCCCAGCCCCCACAUCCUUCAGCUCCACCUCAGUUCCCAUUUCCGGGACCGCGACGGCUCCCGCAUCAAGAUGUCCCCCGAUGGCUCUGUCCCCACCUGUACGAUAUGUGGAAAGACCUUCUCCUGUAUGUACACAUUAAAGAGACACGAACGCACGCACUCGGGCGAGAAGCCCUAUACCUGUGGCCAGUGCGGCAAGAGCUUCCAAUAUUCACACAACCUCAGCCGCCACGCGGUGGUGCACACGAGGGAAAAGCCGCACGCCUGUAAAUGGUGCGAGAGACGGUUUUCACCCAGUCAGGUGACUUAUAUAGACACAUUCGUAAGUUUCACUGUGGCCUGGUGA